AUGCGCUUUGCAGCCAUUCUGCUACUUUAUCCAUGUCUUGCGGAGCCCCAGUGCGCGGCCACAGAUGACCUUAGCUGUGACCGCGAGGGCUCCGACGAGCUAUCACUAUCGCAGUGGGGCCAGGGCUUCCUCCAGGAGACCUACCAGGUCAGGGAGCGUGCAGCCGAGGGCCAUUUAGCUGUCAGCGCCUCCAAGGGAUCGGCCGAGGCACCGGGUCUGACAUCCGCUUCCUGGGAACGCAUAGAUCGAGCCCUCUUCGGUAGCCGAGUGGUGCACUUCCCGUGGUGGGUCUACGGAGGAGUCAUCGGAUUCUUCGUGGCAGUUUUCGUCCACGAAGUGUAUGUGUCUCGCGGUGGCAUUCCUAUUUGCCAGCCCAAGCAGCUUGAGAAGUCUUUGGGAUGCCAGCUGAUGGGCCUGUGGAGCAAUGCCGCACCCUUUGUGGCCAUGUCCAUGCAGGUGCCGAUCUCCCUUGACUUCGCGUUGUCUCUUCGGCAAGGAGCUACUUCUUCGGGCUUCUUUCUGAGCUGCGGCGUGAUCACCGGCCUGUGUGCCAUGGCAGCGGGCAAAAAGUUGGUGGACGAAGACAACUGGGACCAGUUUUAUGUGCGCCGACUGCUGAUUGUCAUUCCUCUGAUAGCCAUGGGCGUCAGUUUCAGCUCUGCAGUCUUCAUCAACGAGACAGCAGGCAGCGAGCAAGUGUACAUGGUCUGGUGGGUGAUGAUUGGAUUCACGGUCAUCAGUUCCUUUAUUGGACCGCUGGCCGUCAUUCCGGGCAUCAUCUUCUGGACGAAGAUCACCAAGUCCAAGAACCGGACCUUCUGGAUGAUCCUAACGCAGUGCGCGCGAAACUUUGGCCUGGUGGUUGGCCCCGGGCUUUUCGCAAUCCUGCGCACGUUCGUGACGGGCGGUGGGGAGCGGGUCUGCCCCCGGAGCAUGAUGGGCUGGGUGAACCUGCUGCUGCUGGUCAUCUCCCUGAUCUCCGCCUCUUUCGGUGCCUUCGUUAUGCCGGCUAGGCUGCCUGACUACCCGCUGAACCUGGACGACGAGGGCGAGGAUGACCCAGAUGAGCUGGUCAUGAGUUCCGACGCCCAUCUUGAGCAAAUGGCCGACCCGGAGCGCGAGCGCGUGGUAUGGAACAUGAUCUGGUAUGCCUUUGAGCGACCCUUCACACUGGCGGCUGUCGAAGUGUCUACGCUAAUGAUGCUGGAGGUCUACUAUGGCUGGGAUCCAUACAUGACGGGCAUUUGCUUCACGGCGGUCUGCUCUUUGGGCAUCGUCAUGUCCAUCUUCACCACGGUCGCCUUGGUCAAGGGAUGGCUGGUCGAGUCGAAGGUGUUCAUUGUCUCGGCGGCUUCGUCCAUCGUUGGCUGCUGCUUCCUGCUGGAGAUAGUUCCAACACCUGGCUGGACCCUUCUCAUUGCGGACUGCGUCAUUUACACCGGCGCUACAGUGGCCAAUGGAUUCGCAGAAGGAUGGGCGAGCCGCGCUGCAAAGGAUGGCUCGAGCUUUAGCAAUGCCGAAUAUCGGCUGCGCCAGCUAUCUGCAGUAACAGUCAGCCGCUUUAUGGGUCCCAUUGCCGGCCGCUUCUUGGUCGACUACGGAGGCCGAAACGUCUAUGCCGUGGCACAGAUCAUUAUGUGCAUGAUGGGCACAAGGACGGUCUACAAGACAGUCAGCCUGAUUUGGCGCUGGAAUGCAGCCAAUCCCGAGAUCGCCAACAAACCGAAGGCCAUGGGCAAUGCGGACAUGGGCAACGCGGAGAAGCUCCUCCCUGACACAGCCUUCAAAGUGGAGGAGCACAAGGCCAAGAACGGAACGCUUGAGGCGGCUCCGGAAGACCAAUAG